AUGAUGGCAAGAAACGACCUCUUUGUCUAUGCCAAAGAAGAGCUGGAACCGGAUUCCUAUGCAGCCUUUGUUGAAUACUCGAUCCAGCUUUCGGAGCGAGUAGGAGCCAAGGUAUCAGCCAUCACACCGCCGUCUCUGUCUUUGCCCAGCCAACAUCAUAGCCAAGCGGAGGUUCUGGCAUGGCAGUUUCUGACCAAUGGUGGCGGGUCUGUUUGGGAGGCCGUGAGGCUGGUUGCAAGUAUGCUGCGCUUUGAACAGCCCAGACAGCGGAUGAUGCAAUCGGAUGCACAGGCCUCGAGUUUUCAUCUUGGCAUUUGUGCUAGAGGGGCGCUGGUAGGUGUGUGUAAAGACACCCUCACACAUCGCAAUGUCUGUCGACUGCUGUGCUUCUAUGUGCAGCACCUCUGCACGGAACAUCGCUUCACCUCGAUCAGCAUCAAUCGCAACUAUCUUGCACCGGCGCAUCGCGACCUGCAAAAUGGCCCGGAGGACAAUCUCAUUGUCAGUCUGAGCCUGCACGAUGACGGUGGCUUAUGGGUUGAAUCCCCGUCGGGAACAGUCUACCAUGAGGUGGAGGGACGCAUGAUUCGGGGCGAGGUGGCGUCCUUGCAGUCUCAUGCGCUACUCUUCUCAGCCAACAAGUGCUGGCAUGCUGGACUGCCUUGGCAGACGUUUGAUCGCUACACUCUGGUGGCCUACACAGUGCGCAAUUGGGCACACUUGCGAGAGCCAGCCCGGAAUCUUCUCACUGAGUUGGGUUUCAUGUUGCCGAAAGUGCCAGUUACGCAUACAGGCAGCGAGAACACCUCCCAUACUGCCUCCUAUGCUGCUUUCUGCCGACGCACACCCCUAGGUCUCAUGGCGUCUUCAUCUUCGAUGAAUAG